AUGGAUUUCAUCAAGACCAGUUCCCUGCGUGCUCUGAUUGAGUUAACUUUCCAAUGCAAGUGGAACGGCCUAAUUUGGAUGAGUAGAAAAGGAGUUAUAGCCAAAAGAGUGAAGACUGCUCCAGACGGCCAUAUCGAGAAUCAGCGCCCGAACGCGCAGUCCGGCUGGCCGAGGAACGAAUGUUCCGCGCUCGGCCAAACGUAUUCCGUCCGACUGAAGUCUCGGCCAAAGUUCCAACCACUCGGCCGAUCACACAUCACGACCCGGGAAACAAGUCCCGCGGUCGGCCAAGCCACGCCACAACCGCGCACGACCAGCGCGCGAGCCGGGAGAACGCCUCGCGGCCGCGCAACCCUCACGUACCGGCCGACAUCCGUCCGAGCCGGGAACUAUGCCCACGUCCGGCCGAAGACCAUCGGCCAAAUCUAUCCGCCGACCACAGCCGGCCGACCGAAAUCAUCCGGCCACGACCGUUCCGACUCGGCCAAGACCCGACUGUCCGGCCGAUCGUCCCGACCGACCGUCCGAACGCCGCGGUCGACCCGAAGCCGUUUUUGA